GCGCUUCCUGUUUCGUUGCUCCCCUUCCCCCCUUCGCUUUCUAGACGCGGUAAGCGCGAAGAGGCGCCGGGAGGAUCUCCGCCCUGACGCCGCCGCCGUUGCCAUGAGCUUCCUGCAGCCUCUCGCGGCGCCUACCGAGGGGGUCCGGCUUCGGCAGCCCGACACGGAGGCCGUGCUGGGGGGACGAGGCCUGGGCACCGGGAGCCUCUACAUCGCCGAGAGCCGCCUGUCAUGGAUAGAGACUUCAGGCCUCGGGUUCUCCUUGGACUAUCCCAUCAUAAGCUUGCAUGCCAUCUCCAGGGAUCUGAAUGCCUAUCCGUGGGAGCAUUUGUACGUCAUGGUAAAUGCAAAGUUUGAAGCAGAAGAAUCAAAAGAAGAUGGCAUGGGAGAAAAAGAGGAGGAGGAAGAGGAGGAGGAGGAUGGCAGCAACGAUGAUCUUGAGCCCAUUUCAGAAUUCAGAUUUGUACCCAGUGACAAAUCAGCCUUGGAAGCCAUGUUCUCUGCCAUGUGUGAAUGCCAAGCCCUGCACCCUGAUCCUGAAGACGAAGACUCUGACAACGAUUACGAGGGUGAGGAAUACGACGUGGAAGCCCACGAAAUUGGCCAAGGUGACAUCCCAUCCUUCUACACUUAUGAAGAAGGUCUGUCGCGUUUAACUGCUGAGGGCCAGGCUACCCUGGAGAGGCUGGAGGGCAUGUUGGCACAAUCUAUAAGCACUCAGUACCACAUGGCUGGGGUACGGACAGAAGAUUCCAUCAGAGACUUCGAAGAUGGAAUGGAGGUGGAUGCAUCCCCAGCAGUUGCUGGGCAGUUUGAAGACGCAGAUGUUGAUCACUGAGGAGGGUGUGGGCUGCUGUAAGAUUCUUCUCUCAGCAUUUUCAGAACAGGCUCUCCAAGCUUGAAGAUGUUAUAUCAGGAAUUGCCCUUUCGGUAUUAUUGACCUAAAUAUGGGUAUUUAGGUCUGUAAAUGCUUUUAUAGAUGUGCUGAUAUAAAACAGGAUUUGACACUGUGGGGCUGGCUUUUUAAAAAAACAUAAGAACUUGAGAAAAGUAUAAUACCUUGGGUUUGAAAGGAGGGAUUAAUCAUGGGUUAUUACUGGAAAGCCUUUACAGAAAUGAUAGAGAUUAAAGAAUAAAGUUGUACUUAGAACAGAAUUCUAGAUUGUCCUAGAAUUUCCCCCAUAUUUUUGUGCCUGUUUAUCCACAGCUGACAAUGUCUGACAUGAGCGUUAACUUUGGUUUAGCUAAAGAGGCAAGAGGUGCGGUGGGGCCGCAGAGAUAAACAAAUUGUAAAAACCCUUCAAGGGAUUGGCUCAUUCCAUUGCAUGCUCUUGCUUUCUCAUGGUUUUAGUGGCCCGGUUUGGCGUCAGGAUGGCAUCUGUACUGCCCCCAGAUGGUAAACUUCUUACGUUUUUGUUAUAAAUAAAAUGGUUCAAUAAAUAUAAUUUUUGUAUCUUA